AUGCUGCCCAAGGAUGACAAAAAGAAGAAAGAUGCCAGAAAGUCAGCCAAGAAAGACAAAGACCCGGUGAACAAAUCUAGGGGCAAGGCCAAAAAGAAGAAGUGGUCCAAAGGCAAAGUUCAGGACAAGCUCAAUAACCUAGUCUUGUUUGACAAAGCAACAUAUGACAAAUUUUGUAACGAAGUCCCAAACCAUAAGCUUAUAACCCCAGCUGUCAUCUCUCACAGACUGAAGAGCCAUGGUUCCCUGGCCAGGGCAGCCCUUCAGGAUCUCCUUAGUAAAGGACUUAUUAAGCUAGUUUCAAAGCACAGAGCUCAAGUAAUUUACACCAGGAACACCAAGGGUGGAAAUGACCCAGCUGCUGGUGAAGAUGUGUGA